GGCUCGCUGAGUCGAGCUCGAAGGAGGCGCCGCGCGGUUUGACCCUGUCCGCGCUCCGUACCGCCCGCUGAGCCGGCGGCGGGAACAUGGCCGCCGCCACUGCGACCCCACUAGUAACGGAGAAAGUUUUCCAACAAUCCGGCCUGUGUUAGUUCCUCGCCCGCUCCGGGCCCAGCCCCCGCCCUCUGCGGCGCAGGCCCCACUGGGGGCCCUCCUCCUUACGUCCCCCGAACGCCGAGACGUCCAGGCCCCGGUGAGAGGAGGAGACCGGCGCAGGCAGAGCCAGGUCUCCAAAAAAUAAGAUUUCUUCUGAGGAGAUGGCGAAGUAGGAGCUUGCAGAUUCUCUGGAUUUCCUGGAUGCAGUGCAAACAGUUUUUACAGUGUGGAGAAAAGAGCCUUAAUUGCCAGUUUACAUGUGCAGAUCACUGCGUUACUGUAUUAGUCAUUGUCUGUAUAUGGCAAUGACAAGACUGGAAGAAGUAAACAGAGAAGUGAACAUGCAUUCUUCAGUUCGAUAUCUUGGCUACUUAGCCAGAAUCAAUUUAUUGGUAGCAAUAUGCCUAGGUCUUUACGUAAGAUGGGAAAAGACAGCAGAUUCCCUAAUUCUGGUCAUCUUUAUACUUGGCCUUUUUGUUCUUGGGAUUGCCAGCAUUCUCUAUUAUUAUUUUUCAAUGGAAGCAGCAAGUUUAAGCCUCUCCAACCUUUGGUUUGGAUUCUUGCUUGGUCUCCUCUGUUUCCUAGAUAAUACACCUUUUAAAAAAGAUGUAAAGGAAGAAGUGACUAAGUAUUUGCUCCUGACUUCCAUAGUAUUGAGGAUAUUAUGUGCUUUGGUGGAGAGAAUUUGUGGUUGUGUCCGUCACCGGCCCACUUUACUGACAACGGUUGAAUUCCUCGAGCUGGUUGGAUUUGCCAUUGCUAGUACCACUAUGCUGGUGGAAAAGUCUAUGAGUGUCAUCUUGCUUGUUGUAGGUUUGGCAAUGCUGAUUAUCGACCUAAGAAUGAAGUCAUUCCUAGCAAUUCCAAAUUUGGUGAUUUUUGGCAUCUUACUGUUUUUUUCUUCAUUGGAAACACCUCAGAAUCCAAUUGCUUUUGCAUGUUUUUUUAUCUGUCUAAUUACAGAUCCCUUCCUUGACAUCUAUUUUAGUGGACUUUCAGUUACUGAAAGGUGGAAACCAUACUUGUAUCGUGGAAGAAUUUGUAGAAGAUUUUCUGUCAUUUCCAUUGGCUUGAUUGAACUUACUUUUUUUAUUCUUUCGGCAUUUAAGCUUGGGAACCCUUAUCUCUGGUACUUUGUAAUACCAGGGUUUUCCAUUUUUGGAAUUUUCUGGAUGAUUUGCCAUGUUAUUUUUCUUAUAACUCUUUGGGGGUUCCAUACCAAAUUAAAUGACUGUCAUAAAGUCUAUUGCACUCACAGGGCAGAUAAUAAUAGCCUCGAUAGAGUAAUGGCAUCUAAAGGGAUGCGGCAUUUUUGCUUAAUUUCAGAGCAACUAGUUUUCUUUAGUCUUCUUGCAACAGCAAUUUUGGGUGCAGUAUCUUGGCAGCCAACAAAUGGAAUCUUCUUGAGCAUGUUUCUUAUCGUUUUACCAUUGGAAUCUAUGGCUCAUGGGCUCUUCCAUGAACUGGGUAAUUGUUUAGGAGGAACAUGUGUUGGAUAUGCUGUUGUGAUUCCCACCAACUUCUGCAGUCCUGAUGGUCAGCCAACACUUCUUCCACCAGAUCAUGUUCAGGAACUGAACUUGAGGUCUACUGGCAUGCUCAAUGCCAUUCAGCGAUUUUUUGCCUAUCACAUGAUUGAAACAUAUGGCUGUGAUUAUUCCACGAGUGGAUUUUCUUUAGAUACUCUACAUUCCAAGCUCAAAGCUUUCCUUGAACUUCGGACUACAGAUGGACCCAGACAUGACACUUAUGUUUUGUAUUACAGUGGUCACACUCAUGGUACUGGAGAAUGGGCUCUGUCAGGUGGAGACAUAUUACGGCUUGACACACUUUUGGAAUGGUGGAGAGAAAAGAAUGGUUCUUUCUGUUCCCGUCUUAUUAUUGUACUAGAUAAUGAGAACUCAAUACCAUGGGUUAAAGAAGUGAGAAAAAUUAAUGAUCAAUAUAUUGCAGUGCAGGGAGCUGAGAUGACCAAGGUGGUGGACCUUGAAGAAGGUGACCCUGCACAGCUUGGUGACUUUACAAGAGACUGGGUAGAAUAUAACUGUAAUGCUAACAGCAACAUCAGCUGGACUGAAAAGGGGCGUGCUAUUAAAGCAGUGUAUGGUGUAUCAAAACGAUGGAGCGACUACACUCUGCAUUUGCCAACAGGAAGUGAUGUUGCCAAGCACUGGAUGUUAUAUUUUCCUCGUAUUACAUACCCUCUGGUGCAUUUGGCAAACUGGCUGUGUGGCCUAAACCUUUUCUGGAUCUGCAAAGCUUGUUUUAGGUGCUUGAAAAGGUUAAAGAUGAGGUGGUUUCUUCCUGCUGUGCUGGACACAGGACAAGGCUUCAAACUUGUCAAAUCAUAAGAACCAAAGAUGGAACAUGACUAAGAGUCUUUUACUAUCAAAUAUGACUAACUUGCCACUUUUUAUAUGCUAUUUUUUUGUGUGUGGAAGAUAUCUUGCCACUUUAUAGUUGCACUGUUUUCUUAAGCAAUUGCAGUAUAUGCAAGGGGUUGGAAACUGUAUUAUUUUAAACUAAAAAGUGUGUGUUUGGUGAAUAACAUUUGUAACCAAAAUUCUCUGUAAAUGUAUAAGAUCUACUAAAUAUGACCAUGCAAUUUGAAGAAAGAUUGCAUGUUCAUAUGUAUUAGAAAAAACAAAACAAGACUGCUCUGAAAUAAUCAUCGAAGAACAAAAAUGCCUUAUUUUCUAGGAAGAAACUACAGCAUAUAAAGCAGACUUGCUUGGUUACUAUUACAAAAAAAAAAAACUGGCUAUAAAAAAACUCUUGCUCUGAAUAGUAUUAUAGACUGAGUUGAGACCAUUGGAAGGCCUCCAGGCCCAUUGUAAAUAGAAUAGAUCCUUCCUAUAAUGAAUUUUAAGGUACAAAUAUGCAAAGCAUGCAGGCCAGUGCCUUGAGUUGCCUUUGCUGUGACCAUUAAGACAGCAUAAAAUCCAAAAUUAGAUUAUCUGUAAUCCGUGUAGGUACAACAACAGGCUAAAGGCUAAAUAGCAAUUAUUUUUGCAUGCGUUAUUGGUAGCACCCAAAUCAAAAGACUGGGCAAUUUUAUAGUCUUAUCUCAGGGUCAUUUAACAUUUUCUUAAGGAUGGAAAGUAUCAAAUGCACACACCUUAUUACCUUCCAAACAAACUCAGUCUCGUCUUUCAAGGAGUUGUCUAACUUGUCAGAAUAUAUUAAGCAAAAAAAGGAUAUUCUGGCUCAUCAGUGCUCAUGUUCUUCCAUAAAAUUUGUUAUUUUUUGCUCAAUAAAAAAAAUUAACAUUGUCUAGCUUAGGCUGAUAAGUUUUCUACUGUUAUACACAUGAUACAUUAUGUAAAAGUAUUUAAUAUUAAGUUUUGUUAAAAUGUAAGAACAUAAGAAAUUUUUAACCGUAACAAUGUUUUCUAUAUUUAAACAAUAGUCUGUGAUCAGUGUAUAUAAUUUCUCAAAUUUUAGAUUUCUGUCUUUGAGAAAUGAAUAGGAUUAAAUUUGAGGGUUUAUUAGCACAUCUCUAUUUAAGUUACUGUAGCUCCUCAGAAUUAAGCCAUUUUUCCAAUUCGACAGAGAAUUGAAUUUUUACAUCUACCUCUUUCUACCUGCUGAAAAUUGAGGAUUCUAGUCAUUAAUAAGUUGUUAAAGGGUAAUGGAUAAGUGCGUCCCACCACGGUCCAUAAUACAUUGCUUCAGUCUACCAAAUUCUGAUUUAUAAAACAUAACAAUGAAUCUGCCCAACAUUUUAAGUAAUGUAUGUUAACUUAUAACCCAUGAAUUAAUUUAUUUUGCUAAUCAUUUAGUGAAUUAAAUAGUGUAGUCUGAAAAGCAAGAAUUUAAACUCUGUAGGCAUUAAAAGCCUAUAGCUCCACAAAGAGUUAAAUUAACAAAAUCUCCUUUUUUUUUUUUCAAAUUUCCUAGAAGUGGCUUCAUUAGCACAUUAAUUUUUUUUUUUAAUUUAGAGAGGGCUAUAACUAAUUAUUGUCUGUUUUGUCAGUCUAUAUAGUAAUGAAACUAGUCAUGAAAAAGAAAUUUGAGAAAAAUGUUUAGGACUGCAAAACUUUUAAAUUAUUUUUGAUACAUGUUCCCUUUUAACCAUUUCUGAUAGGACAGGCAAUGUUUUUGGAGGAAAAAUGGGUCCAAGAAGGAACUUUGGGGAAAAAAUGUGGCUUAAGCUGUGUGUAAAUGUGCAAAAAAACAAAUAAUAAAGAUUGCAUUUUGAGACUUGCUCCCACCAAAGGAAAAAUGAAAAUGACCAAGUUAAAGCCAGUUAGCUUUGAAUUUGUGAAAGCUUCUCUGAGGUUGCUAUCCUAGAUGCCAAUGAGCUCUGCACAUGACUCAUUAAAUGACAGUAGCUGAAUUGAGAAUUUAAGGAAAAAUGAAAUGGUUUUUCUACUAUUUGGCAUGUACAUGGCCUGACUAUAAAGUAAUGAAACUGCUUUUCACAUUUGUGUGGGAGGGAGUGUGUGGAAUGGCUUUCAUUAGCCACAGUCUCAUUACUUUGGUCAUACCACAUAUUUAGAAAAGAAUUAUUUGUAGUACAAGGCAUGAAAUUGAAUCAUUUUUCACAUCUACCAAAAAGAAAUAGAUAAUUUGGAUGUAUUCAUUCAAUAGAAAAUGAAUUUGGUUUCAUUUGUUUCCUCAAAGUUUGUGCCUUUCUAAAACCAUAAAAGUAUUUCUGCAGCCAGUUUUAAAAGGUGUGCAAUGUAAAUAUAUGAUAAAUAAUAGAGUGCAGGUUUGGUUCCCCCAUGUGUAGAGUCAUGAGUUAUGUUUUAAUCAUUUAUGUACAAUCAUUCUUUAAGAAAAAUGUUGGGGUAUUUUUUCCCCUUAGGUGAAAAAUCUUCCUCCUUGAUUUGCUUGGAUCAUUGUUUAAUAGCUUUUUUAGUUAUUCUUAUUACAUACAUGACACUAUGAUAAACUUCUAUUUCUAAAGCCCAUUUUUAUGACCAACAUUUUCUUAAAAUUAUAUUAGUAGCAAAAAUGAAUUUUUAUGUUGUGUGUUAGUGGGUGGAUUUCUGUUUUGAGUAAAAUGUCCUUAUUGGAAUCUAUUUAUUAAAUGGAUUUUGUUUGUAAUGAUUUUGCUCUAAAAUACAUUUGCUGUUUUGGAUACUUCCUUCUAAUAUAUCUUCUUUCAUAUUGAGAGUUUGA